CUUCCUUUUCCAAUUUUUUGGUGGGGGACCGGAAGUGAUAUCAGAAGCCCCAUGUGAGGCGAUUGCAACACAUGCAGCGCGGAGGAGAAGAAAGAGGGAGGGGGAAAGAGCAAGAGAGGCGGAAAGGAAAGGAAGGAAGAAGCCGGUUAACGACAUCACAAGCGCCGUCGCGAGGAACCUUUCGCUGCAGUCCGGAGAAGGAAGGAAAGGGAGAAGGAGGCGGCGGCGAAGCCUGAGCCGCAGGAGGGGCGGUGGAGGAGGAGGAGGAGGAGGAGGGAGAAGAUGGCGGACGAUCCCAGCGCUGCCGACAGGAACGUGGAGAUCUGGAAGAUCAAGAAGCUGAUCAAGAGCCUCGAGGCGGCGCGCGGGAAUGGCACCAGCAUGAUAUCAUUGAUCAUUCCUCCCAAAGACCAGAUUUCACGAGUGGCAAAAAUGUUAGCUGAUGAAUUUGGUACAGCAUCAAACAUUAAAUCUCGAGUGAAUCGCCUUUCAGUCCUCGGCGCCAUUACAUCUGUACAGCAACGACUAAAACUUUAUAACAAAGUACCUCCGAAUGGUCUUGUUGUUUACUGUGGAACAAUUGUGACAGAAGAAGGAAAAGAGAAGAAAGUGAACAUUGAUUUUGAACCUUUCAAACCAAUAAAUACAUCGUUGUAUUUGUGUGACAAUAAAUUCCAUACAGAGGCCCUUACAGCACUACUGUCAGAUGACAGCAAGUUUGGUUUUAUUGUAAUAGAUGGUAGUGGUGCACUCUUCGGAACUCUUCAAGGAAACACCAGAGAAGUGCUGCACAAGUUCACAGUGGAUCUCCCAAAGAAGCAUGGAAGAGGAGGUCAGUCUGCCUUGCGUUUUGCUCGUUUGAGAAUGGAGAAGCGCCACAACUACGUAAGGAAAGUAGCGGAAACGGCUGUACAGCUGUUCAUUUCUGGCGACAAGGUGAACGUGGCUGGUCUUGUCUUAGCUGGGUCAGCUGACUUCAAAACUGAACUAAGUCAGUCAGACAUGUUUGAUCAGCGAUUGCAAUCCAAAGUACUAAAGCUAGUUGACAUCUCAUAUGGUGGCGAAAAUGGAUUCAAUCAAGCAAUUGAAUUGUCCACUGAGGUCCUAUCUAAUGUGAAAUUCAUUCAAGAAAAGAAACUAAUAGGCCGAUACUUUGAUGAGAUCAGUCAGGACACGGGAAAGUAUUGUUUUGGUGUUGAAGACACUCUAAAGGCCUUAGAAAUGGGAGCAGUAGAGAUCCUGAUAGUUUAUGAAAACCUGGAUAUAAUGAGAUACGUUCUCCAUUGCCAAGGCACAGAAGAGGAGAAGAUUCUCUAUCUUACACCAGAACAAGAAAAAGAUAAAUCUCACUUCACAGAUAAAGAGACUGGACAGGAACACGAGCUGAUAGAAAGCAUGCCUCUGCUUGAGUGGUUUGCUAACAACUACAAAAAAUUUGGAGCCACAUUGGAAAUUGUGACAGAUAAGUCACAGGAAGGAUCCCAGUUUGUGAAAGGAUUUGGAGGAAUUGGAGGUAUCUUGCGGUACCGAGUGGACUUCCAGGGAAUGGAAUACCAAGGAGGAGACGAUGAAUUUUUUGACCUUGAUGACUACUAGGUAGUCGACCUGGGUUUGGCAAAAUGUGCCUCACCCCUCCAGCAUCCAACCCAAGGAGAAAGCUUGCGAUGGAAUACAAAACAGAUCCCUGCCUUAGAAUUGGAGUUUUUCCAGAACUUUAUCCAGAACACCAGGUUAAAAAUAAGAAGAAAGAAGCAAACCCUACUGAUUUGUCAUAGUGUCAGUACAGCAGCAAUCUACUAAGUUUCUAUAAUGCCAUUUUGGACUAAUUUAAAAAAAAAAUCCCAGUUUUUACUUUUACUUAAUGGUGAAAUUGGUUGCUCUUGUAUUUUAUGAAAAAUGAUUUUUUUAACCUUCAUGCUACAUUAACUGCUGUAAACCUUCAUUUGAAAAAUUAAUAGAUUAUACUGGUUUGUUUCUUAUUUUGAUUGGAGACAAUUAAUUGCUGCGUUUUGCAGUGACAUGACCCAUUUACAUGGCGUUCUUGGCUUAGACUGCAGAAGAAGAACCUUAGGGAGAUGUUCCCAUUGUUCUCAGUCUACAAUGGUGGAAGUAACAGGAAUUGAACUCUCUGGCAUGCCAGCUUGAAAAGUGUGAUUUGCACAUUCAGACAGCCUAGGAAGUCCACCCGUUUUAUUCUUAGACUGCAAAAGCGCUGCUUGUAUGAAUCAGGAAGUGUGUUUCAUAUAUGGCAAUUGAAAUGCCAGUUUCUCGGCAGGCUUGAUUGGGAUGAUGAGUUGUGUGGCCUUCACUCUUGUCAGUCAAUAAACAGUUUCCACAAGCAAGCUAAUGCUUCUUAUGCUUGGUUCUAUUCUUUAUUAGGGUUUGGGUUUUUUUUAGUUUUGCUUUGGGACUGCAUAAGCUGCCUUGGUGGGUCAACAUCCAAAAUUCACAAACUGCUUUUAAAUGCAAGCAGCUAGAAAAAUGUGACUGAUGUCAACCUUGGCACUGGUGGCUGGGAAGCAUCUGUAGAAAUUAACAGGUUUUUUUAGAAGCUUGGCGCCAAAGGUUCACUUUUCAACACUGUGGCAUUGCUCAUGCAAGGCAAAUAGCUCACUUUCCUGCAUUCUCCUGGGACUGGCUGGUUUUCUAAAGGAUACUCUGAUAUUUUAGUGCCUAGCUGUUCACAUUUUCCUCUUGUCACUCAUGUAUUAGUCAAACUCCUCAGCUGGCAAACUUUACAUAUUGUUCCAAUAAUCCUGUCUCACUUGAACUGGAGGGAGAUUCUAUCUUAACGAAACCUUCUCCUCUCAGUAUGUACUUAAAGAAGUCCAAAACGACUUACUGUCAGUGUGAGCAAUAGAAUUUGUAUCUUUUUAUAACUCAGCAAGCAGGCAGUACAUGCGAAUGUCCACAAGAAGUGUUCACAUGGGAUGAAGUCUCUUCCAGAAGCCCUUUGUGAGUCUAGGUAUGCAACUUGAUUUGCAGAAUGCCUGAUCACAAGCAUCCGUGCGCUCUUUGAAGCAGUACACUUUGAUUUUGCCAUUGUAAAUGGGUCCGCUGUGACAUGACAAGAGCGGAAAAAAUGGGUGUAAAUUUACAUUUUUGAAUAUACUGCUUGUUUCACAUUUAGGGUAUGCAGCUCCUUUUUUUGUAGUUUUAUUUUUACUAUUUAAGUUUGGAAAUGAUGCCAAAUUUUUGUAUCUCUUUAAUCAAUGUGUUAUAUUUGGUGAUAUAUAUUGCAUUAUAUAUUGAUGUGUAUAUCAAUAUAUACUGAUAUGUAUUACACUUACACAAACACAUUAAAAGGGUGAGAAUUCUAGCCUUUUGCAUACUACAUAGCCUCUUCAGAGAGCUCCCAAGCAGUGAUAUCUUGGUGUUGUGAUGUACAGAAAUGGAGAAGAGUAUUAAACCAUAUUUAAGAAUA